UUUUCGUAGUGGCUGAGGUGCUGUCUUGUCCCUGCAUCCACUGCACAUGGUGUAAUCCGAUAGAGCGGCAAUCGUUUCGGCGAGAAAAAGGGCCGAUCCGCCAUUCUUUUAUCGCGUCUCCGUCGAUAAGAUUAGACUCAAUCUUCGACCCCGCGGACAGCCAUCAUGAGAGAAUCUUGAGCCUGCCAUUGAAAGCUGCUGUAGACGUAUGUUGCUGUCCUGAUUGGGCUCUUCACUAAAUCAUGUUAAAUGAUUGGUCAAAUCUAGAAAUAAAUCAUCAAUUCUGCUAUUGGUGCCAUGGCAUCGCGAGGCAACCAUGCGCGAGGUUCCCGCACAAGGACCUUUCGUGGCUGCUUCUCAUGCCGAGAACGCAAAGUCAAAUGCGAUGAGACCAAGCCUUACUGCAGAGCUUGUCGACGUCUUGGAAUUCCAUGUAAAGGAUAUAGUGAUGCGUCUUUGGUGUGGCUUCCACUCUAUGACGGUCAAGACGCCUCUCCACUAUGUGCAACAGAAGCCGAAGCCGAAGCACGCAACCCGGGCUACAGGCGUAUAGUUUCGUCAGUGGAUCAGAGAGCGUGCAUGUCAAAUGACUUGGUCACGAGCGUGGCACGAGCUGGACGUAACGUGGACAAGAUUCAGCUUGACCUAGAUGGAAAAACAACAGAAGACGGUCACUAUAUACAUGGGCCCUUCACAGUCUUUCCUUUAUUGGAGUCAGAAGUGAGAGUAACAAAUUCUCCGUCAACAUCAGCACCGGGGCCAGUCACGGAUGAUCCCUUGCUCGGAUUGUCUCCAUCGUUCUUGGCAAGCUGGCUACCUCCAGAUGAUCCCUUAUUAGACGCCGGCAUCACCAAUGAGCCAAUUUCUCUAUCACCUCUUCCUGAAGGCCUCCUUUUUUCCGUGUCCCCACCCAAUUUGCUGCUCGAAGACUAUACCUCCGCCUUGGAACGACCACCAGAUGGCGCAGAUCACUUGGAGGAUAUGAUCUCACCCAUAGACCUUGACUUUCCUCUGGUUUCUGGGGCUGCAAUUCAGGAUUUUGUGCCUCUCAAUGCAGAUUUUCUUCUUCGACACUAUCAAGCCCAGAUUAUGAAACUUAUUCCUCCAAUUGCCGUCAAGAAAAGCCCGUGGCAGAUUCUGCACUUUCCUUGCGCCACAGGCACAUUCGCAGAGCUAAGCCUGUUUCAAAAGGCAAAUCAUGCAAGGAUUUCGUUGUUCUAUUCGGUGCUCGCAUGCAGUGCUUUUCAUCUCGACCGAGUUUCGUCCCACAUACUCGAUACAUCCAGCUAUUGGUGGAAAAUGGGCACUGGCUUCAAAGCCAAAGCUAUGCAUCACCUCCAGCAGUGCAUAAAUGAAGCCAAGGUGAACGCAAAAUCUGCAAAGUAUAAGGAGCUUUUGAUGGCAAUUCUCACCGUAAUUACAAUUGGGUAUUACAGUGGCCAACACAGGGAAACUCGAUCCUGCUUAAUUGGCGCGGAACAACUGAUCAGGCUCCGAGGUCUUCCAAAACUGCAAAAGUCUCGAAAAGUUGUUUUACUUCAUCAUAUUUACCUUUACCUCCAAGUUUUCACAGACAGUACCUCGAUCAAUCCUGUCUUGAGUCCUCCAGCUGGAUUUCAGGGGAUGAGGUUGGUAUCUGGUUCGGCCCCAUCUCUUUUGCAACAGAAUUCGAUACCCGCUCUGGAAAGAGUGCCGAGCAGUCCAUUCGAGCCGCGCUUAUUCAAUAACAUGGGGCCCAAAUGCACCCAAAUGGAUGAAAAAGCGCUUUUUUCGGAGAUAUACGCCCUCCCUCCUUCUCUACUCGAGCUCAUUUCCCAAACAAAUGAGCUUGCUCACGAAAUACAUAGUCUCCGAUCAAAAAUGGGCAAUACUCGCGAUAUUACUCCGUUGUUUUCAAGUAUCACCGGUUUGUCAGCGAGAGUCAAAGACCUCGAAAACAAAAUCUGUCACUGGACAAUGCCAGACUCUUUCCUUUCCGGACACGCUUCGAAUCCGUUGGCAAACCCGAUCAAGGAGCACCUCACACCCGCAUUUCAUUGCGCAUUGGUGCUCUUCUUCCACCGCCGUAUUCUCGAUCUUAAUCCAAUCAUGCUCCAGCAUUGGGUAUCACAGACUAUCACUCACCUAAUAGCUUUUGAGGAUAAGAAGAGCACCCUCAAUAUCAUGAAUCAUGCCAUGGUGUGGCCAGGCUUCAUGGCCGCCUGCGAAGCUUUAUACGAAGAGCAACAGGUCCAAAUAGCGCAGUGGCUCGACCGAUGCGGAGCAUCUUGUGGGUCACGAACAUUUGAUCUUGUAAAGGAGGUCGCAACCGAAGUGUGGGCGUUUCGGCAGCAAAAAGCAAGAAUUGGAGAAGAUACCACAGGCGUCAGUUGGAUCGAUCUGUUACGAGAACGCGGACUGAGCGUGGCUUUGACAUGAGGGAAGAGAUGCUACUAUGGCAAAUUCUUGCCGUUCUAAUACAAUAACAAAUCGCAUUGUGGCUCGGGAAUCAAUACGACUUUGUCAUUGUUUCCAUCAGCCGCUCAAUGGCUGAAAAGCUUAAUGCCUGU